AGUGCGUAACGUUGUGAGCUAACGGGUUCUGUGUAGAUGCAUCUGUUUGACUACAAAUUUUUUAAACAUUUGACGUCAGUUUGGCCAUCCAACUUACUGUCUAAAAUUUUUGUUUAUUUUUACGGGUGCGUUAACAUGAAACAGUUAUGCGAAUGAAUUACGACUAGCUAGUCGUAAUUGACUAGUUUAAUUAAGAUGCUGACACAUUUAGGUGUUAUUAAAUGUCAUGAGGACGUUUUGAUAAGCACCGUUGAAAUACAUAGCCAACAAUUGAGCUGUUUUAAGCUCAUAAAAAUCCGUGGGGCUGAAAUUCAUUGGCAUUUAAAUGCACUUACUGCGGUUAUGACUCUUAAUAAUAAUAACAAACUAUAUUUUUAUUGCAGAUUCAGUCCAUCCAUUAUUGUCUUAAAGUCAGUCGGAGCUUUUUAAAAGAAGUGCAGUUAACAUAAAAUUAUUUAUUCUGAAACGGCGGUGAGAAUGCGCUGUAGGUCAACGAAUAUUUCCACCCUCGAAGAAGUCUUGCAUGUGAUUCAUCACCAAUUAGUUAAUAUUUUUAUACGUUCUAUAUAAAAUCCGACAAACUGGUGUCUGUCAAAGCCUGUUAUUGUGUUUUACUCGACUGUUCCUUUGGUAGCAAAUUGCUCCUCAUAACUAUAGCCUUAAAUGUUCAGCGUUUAAUAAUGGGUGGUCAUGGUAUUCAUUGCCACGCUAACUUAAGAAAGGACUUCAUUUGUUAUCCCGAGGGGUGGGUUAUAGUCUAUAUUUCUGGCCAAGUGUAUUGUCACUUCAUAUAUAAUGGCUUUUUAAUAUUUAAAAGCCUUAAUCUACAGUUGUGAACUAUUUUAAAAAAGUGUAUAAAGUCCUCUCUUAGAGUGACUUUUUUGUAAGUAUAUGCGGUAGCUAGAAAUGGUCAAGUAACUUUAAAGAAUUUGCAGACUUUAGAAGUUCGGCCCACAUUUUCUAAACGUUCACCAAAUUUCCAUAGUUCAGACGCAAUCCGAAACUACAGACGCGUUUAUUUAUUUUUUGAUGAUUUACUUAUAUUGCAAGGUCAUCAUCUACAACAAAUAAAGUCAUAUACUGUUUGUUACAGUGUUAAUUCAACGGUUUUUAACAACUGCGUAGUAUUUAUCCUUUAUUUCUUCCAAAAUGUGAAGAUUUCCGAGGGACUGUAGAUGUACCAACAAGUAUUGUAAAUUAUGAAUAUAGUCUUCGUACAGCUACGUUUAAUAAGAUGAGUUAUUUAAUUUCGAAGCUUUUACUGUCUUUCUGGACGAAAUCAACAUAAACUUCAUAUAGAAGUGAGGUACUGGAGUAUCUUCGCAAGUGAUUAAGGAUAAAAAUAUGUACCAACCAGUAAACGUAAAUCAAAUUUAAAAAAUGCGAUAAUCAGACCAUUAGUACUUUAAAAAUAUUAAUCGAAGUAUAACAGAUACCAAAACAAGACCAGUAACAAGUGAAAAACAAUGGGCUUCUAUAGUAGGUUGAAACUGCGCAAGACAAAGAACUUCAAUACAGCCAAUUAUCUUACUUCUUGGGACCCAGGCACUACAUCUGUCACUAAGAAAUUAACAUCGCAACCUGUGGUACAUUCAUGCGAUCAGUCUUCUAUACCUCCCAUAUAAUCUGCGGAUAUGGUUAAAGACAUUCAAAUCAAGUGAAAGAAGUUGAUGUUAACCUUUGGCGACACAGUCUUAUUCGCUUCAGUUAAAACAGGGGAAGUAAGAGACAUCGUAUUCUUGCUCCUCAUCAGCAAUACAGAUCUUUAUAAAUACAAAAGGUUAAGAAUCAUGGUUCCGUUAAACUCACCGAUUUAUGUGUAGCAGUAUAUUUCAAAUUUCACAUUAAGAUAAUUAAAGGCACAGAACUGUAACUGGUCAAUUUGGUUUGAAAUUCAAUUGAGGAACAUAAGAUCACAACCUCAUAUUUUUCAUGAACUAUCAUAGACAAAUAGAUUUAUGGUAAAGUAUCCAAAUAGCUUUUGUGAUUAUUGAUUAGCAAACAGUGGAAAAAGCAGUUUCAUAAAGUAUACAUUUACGGAAGAACUAGCAUAUAAAAUAAACAUUGAGGGUUCAGAAAACAAAGAAAGUCGUUCAGAGUCAGAAAAUAUGUAGCAAACAUUUUACAUAUGUUAAUAUUUAUGAGGACCUAUUAAUAAUGUAAAAAUGUCUUUUAAUUAAGAAAAAUAAGUGUAUUUUAUUGUCUAGAUAAGGCAGCGGUAGAACAAAGUUCAUGGAAACUAAAAAGUGUAUUAAGAUAGUACAUUUUUAGCAAUCUGACCGCACAUAUGCUUGUUAGAGGACUUAUGUGUGAAGAUCAAAGGUUGGUCAGAUAAUUGUAGGAUAAGUUAGACGGAUGUGUAAUGUAAUCCACAUUGUUGUCCUUAUUACCUUUGAUUCCCUCCCAGUUGACCUUCAUUUUUCCAUAUAUAAAUUUCGUAACAAAUGAAUAUGUGGUCAGACUUCAAAAUGUAUUGUGCUAAUAUAUUACAUAGUUUUGACAAAGUGAUUUUAUUACAUCAUCUAAAUUUAUCAGGACUAGUUUUUUUUAAUUUCAAUGUUUGGUUAUUUCCAUAACGUCUCUGUGUUACAUUUCUUUUUCAGACUUUAAUACUUUUGCGAACAUAACCUAGAUGCGUUCAGUACCUUUACGAUCUUUCAAUGACUUUUUAGGCUUUGGCGCUCGAUACAGUAUACCCAAAGAAUGUAAAUGGAAUGGACGAAUGGUUUCAAAUCUAAUUUAUUAUCAGUCGAAUUACUUUUUGUUAAGCUUAGUUAUAAUAAUGUUACUGAGCGCGCUUAAUCCCAUUCCCGUUAUAACAGGACUUCUUGUGAUAUGCUUACCCUUGAUGAUCCUCCUAUUUUUAGAUACACAAACCCUUAACACUAUUAACCAACCAAAGAUACUUGUACCUGUAUGUAUUGUCAUCGCCAUGUUACUGAUUCGUUUCAUAUCCGGAAUCAUCUUUUUCUUUUGUGUUCUACUUGUUCCAGUACUAACAGUAUGCCUUCAUGCCCUCUGUAGACAACGUAAUUUAAAGAACAGAGUUUGUAAACUUGUGGAAUCAGUUCGCUCUGGAGAACAAAAGACACUAAUGGGAUAUAUGCUGGAAGUAUUUGGUGUAGAUGUACGACUGCUUACUAUUGAUAAUUAAUUGAAGAUCAUCUUAAUUAAAGAAGAUGCAUCUUUUCAUUGAACAACUCAUUUCGUAUUGUUUCGUUCUUAUUACUGUUGCUUUGCUCAUAAAUGAAAUACUUGUGUUGUUCCUGUGAACUUUAGACUUAUUUAUUGCAUGCAUACUUCACCAAACAAGUUUUAACUCGUCUCAGAAAUAUACAUAUAUUGAUUGU